AUGGAGGAGAUUAAAGUGCAGCAGCUAAAGGCUUUAGAGUACUAUUCCAAGAAUGGCGUUAUCACGUUCAUGGAGGAAAUUCUGAACAAGAUGUUUGCUGUGCAACCACAAGACAUUUAUUUCUUUCUACUUCUUGGGAGUCAUAAAUACAUCAACGCCUACGUAGAAAACCUCACUGUAGAAGAACCAGACUUGACUGGAGUCUUGCAAGCCCUCUCGGAAUUAAUGCUCAAUCUGAACUUUGCAAGCAAUUCGCAGUAUGAUUUGGACAAUUGGAUGAGGCAAAAAUAUGAGACACUGCUUCAUGAGCAUUCAAAUGCUGGAGAACGCAUGAAGUCAAACGGACAGACCGUGGGACAAAAGAAUCCAGAAACUCCUGUAAAGCCGGCAAAAAAGAAGUCUCCUAAGCAGGCCGCGGCUAUUCCAAGUGUUGUCGUGUUUGGAGCUCUGAAAGAAGCCGUAAUUUUUUCUUCCAUUUCCAUUACUUGGUCUCUCGCGAUUGCGCAAACGCGAAUCCUCCCCGUGGACUAUGAAAUCCACUAUCCAGCCUACAAGGUUUUCAAAGAGAUAACUCAGCAGGUUAGUGUACAAUAG